GUCGCGGCCCUUGUGCGCAUGAGCCAAGCGUAAUAGAGUCCGUGAGCUUCACCAACACAAGCGUUAAAACGCGAAGGACUGAACGCCUCUAUCACGAUGGAAAGUGAAUGGCUUUUACUUCGCCAUAAAAUAUAUUGUCGUUAGGAAUGUUUUCUUCUUAUUUUCUUUUAUAUAUUUGUUUUUUAAGAGGGAAAUUGCAGGCUAUACUACGCUUCAGCACUCUGGACAGCGCGCGCGAGUUAAGCCUAAUGUGACUUAUUAGGCUACCGUAAUUAUUUUGUCUCAGAGGAAGAAUCAUGCAGCUGAUAACAUUCAUCACAAACUGGGGAAAAUAUAUGGCAAGGGGACUUCUGAAGUGAGAAAUGGACUUUGCGGAAAUUCUAUUAGCUUUGUUCAUCGUUGUGGUUGCGAUUGUUUCUUUGGUGUCGAACUUACUGGUGUUGUUAUGUUUCAUCCACAGCAGCGAAAUACGCCGACAGGUGCCAGGGGUGUUCACCAUGAACUUGUCAUUUUGCAACAUACUGAUUUCUGUCCUGAACAUGCCAUCCACUUUAAUUGGGAUUUUAAAGCAGCACCAGCAGCCUUUUGGAGAGUGUCUCUGUGGCACGCUAAGCUUUCUGGAGACCUUUCUGACAGCCAACAGCAUGCUAAGCAUGGCAGCCCUCAGUAUAGACCGCUGGAUCGCAGUAGUUUUCCCACUAAGUUACUCUAGCAAAAUGCGCUACCAGGACGCAUUGGUCAUGGUGUGUUAUUCUUGGCUUCACUCGUUCACGUUCUCUCUCAUCCCGGUGUUUUUUUCAUGGUUUGACUACAGUCCCAUUUACGCAUCCUGCACGUUGCAUUUGAGCGAGGAGAGCACGCGGAUUAAGUUUACUGUGUUCACCAUUGUCUUUCAUGCCACCAGCUUCAUGCUCUCGCUUCUGAUUUUGUGCUUUACAUAUUUAAAGGUGUUAAAAGUUGCACGCUUUCACUGCAAGAGGAUUGACAUUAUAACCAUGCAGACCCUGUUCUUACUGGUAGAUAUCCAUCCAAGUGUUAAGCAGCGCUGUCUUUCAGAACAAAAGAGGAGAAAACAGCGCGCUACCAAGAAGAUCAGCAUUUUCAUUGGCUCUUUCAUCAUCUGUUUCGCCCCUUAUGUUAUUACAAGGUUGACUGAGCUGCUUCCCUUUGUGUAUGUCAACCGACACUGGGGUAUUGUCAGCAAGUGUUUAACAUACAGCAAGGCUGCUUCAGAUCCCUUCGUCUACUCCCUCCUGCGACAGCAGUACAAGAAGGUCUUAAUAACAGUGGCCAAUCGCCUGUUGAAGCGCGAUUUAAACCCAUCCUCUGGACACAGCAGCUCUAUGGACACAGAGAAUGACUACAGUCUUCAGAGAAUCAGCUAAUGGCACUUGCACAAACAGAAAAAGGGUCUGUGUGUGUGAAAGAAUAGGACUGUAUAGUCACAUUUGGCGGCCUUUGCAAUUUUCCAGCUAGUUUCAAGUUGGAGCCCUCAAAAAAGAAAAGACAUACAACAUCUAUACGCAAUGUGACUGCAAUUACUUUAUUAUCUCUGGUUUUAUUAUCAUUUAACAAUGUUAACUCAUAUUUCACUCUUAGUAGUCCAUUUUUAAAUGCAUAUCAACCAUUAUCCACCAUCUAAAAACAAAAUCCACAUUCAAUCUUCAUCACUCUCUCAGCUCCUCAGCAAGCACCUUGGACAGCGUAAUUAAAAGGCAGUGAGAGCAAAGAAAUUACAUCUAGAAAACAUCAAUUAGAUAAGUGAUUUAAUAGGAGUUAAUACAAUAUGAGCACAAAUAAUCAUUUGUGACAGAACAGCCAAAGCUAAAAAUCUCUACUACCGAUGUCAGAACUUUUAUAGCUUUUAACAUAACUGAAUGUAUUCGAUUCCUAUAACAGCUGUUUAUAGUGCUAAUAAUUUGUGUUCUUUGGUGGGAUGUUGCGAAUUUGUUAAAAGCUUGAUGUAUAGCCACUUUGCACAUUGCAAGAAAUGUAUAGUGUACUUAUUUACUAUGAAUUCAGUUAAACUGUUUACAGAGUACCAGAAUUCAAGUGCUUUAUACAGCUGGAUUAGUUUGUUAACAUUUGUUCAAUUCAUUGUUUUGUGAAAAUGGUGCAAUAAAAAUAUCUUUAUGAAUAA